AGUGAUGCACUGUAAAUACAACUCCAGGAACACAAUUGCUUUUCUAUGCCGCUUACACACAGCUGCCUACUAUCCAGAGUGAAGAGGAGUGGCUCCGAGCCGCCGCAACUCACUGAACUCACAUCCGCAUGAAUACGCCCGUCCCGGGCCAAACUCAGCUGUCAUACGACAGUUUCUCUCCUCUGCUCAGAAGUUGGAAAUAUUUACCCCACGGAAACAACAACAAUGCGCACCACCUAUACGAAGUGUCUUGGACUGAUUUUGGUCAGUGGACUACUGCUGCUAGUCCUGUUUUAUGCUCAUAGCCCUGGAACCAGCUCAGUAGUUGACAUACGGCCAAGACAGGGUAGUCCAAUAAAGAAACUCCUCGAUGAGAAAAUUCAAGACACAAUCAGUGGCUAUCAUGACAUUGCCUACCAUAUAAAGGAGGAUGUGGCAAGUCGUUUGGCUCAAAAUACAUGUGUGUGUCUGGCUGAUAAGGACACCUUUCAAGUGCCAUUCUCCAAUCUACUCUUUCCACGCGUGUGGGCCCAUAACCUCGAUUUUGCCUUCCUGGAGUCCCAUCCUGACCCUGAGGGCGUAAAGCAUCACAGAGCUAAGGAGUACAGCAGCUUUCAGAGCAGAUCCUACAGUCCUGCAGAUGUGCUUAUUGUAGCUGAAGCCAACAAUCCUCUUCAGUAUCCUACCCAGGGCGUGGCGGUGCGACCCCUCAAAACGAUCAUCAUUCCUGGUUUGGGUCUUAAGGAAGAAACAAGAUCAAACCAUAUGGUACACUUAACAGCAACACUGGGGACUUUUGAUGUCGCUGCUACAGUGGACAAGGUCUCUGUUAAAGGAGAGGGGGAGAAGCACAUGAUACUGUCGAGUCCUCUUCUUGCCGCUCUGAACCGGCAGCUGCAAUUCGUCACCUAUACAAACACUGUUUUCCAUCCCAAGACAGCAGAUACAGUUCAGUUUGCAACUGAAGGUCACCAGUCAUUUUUCACCAUUAAAGUUGGACAUGGGACCAUCCCGACACUUUACAACUCUGGAUACCAAAAAGAGUACAAUAUUAGUGCUCUUGUUACUAUUGCCACCAAGACCUUUCUACGCUAUGACAAACUCAAAGAUCUCGUUGAUAGCAUACGGCAAUAUUAUCCCACCGUCACCAUAGUGAUAGCAGAUGAUAAUGAACACCCUCAGCCAGUGACCGGGCCUCACAUUGAACAUUACAUCAUGCCAUUUGGAAAGGGUUGGUUUGCGGGAAGAAACCUGGCAGUGUCUCAAGUGACCACCAAGUAUGUACUCUGGGUGGAUGAUGAUUUUAUAUUCACUGCAAACACCAAGUUGGAGAGGAUGGUAGACAUCCUAGAGAAGACCACUCUGGAUCUGGUUGGUGGUGCAGUGAGAGAGGUGACAGGUUACACUGCAACAUAUCGUCACACCAUUUCAGUGGAAGGAGGGGGAGAGGAUGGCGACUGUUUACAUAUGAGACACGGCUACCACCAUGUCAUCGACGGUUUUCCUAACUGUGUGGUAGCUGAUGCUGUUAUCAACUUCUUCAUGGGGAGGACAAACAAGGUGCAGCAGGUGGGCUUUAACCCCCGCCUGGCACGGCAGGCUCAUCUGGAGUUCUUCAUCGACGCUCUUGGCUCCCUCCAUAUUGGCUCCUGUAGUGACGUCAUUGUAAGCCACGCAUCGAAGAUCAAACUACCCUGGAGUAAAACAGACUCACAAAAGGCCUAUGACAAUUUCCGCUAUAAACCUUCACGUACUGAUGAUAACAUUCAUAAGGAAGUCUUCUACUUCAAGAACAGGUUCAAGUGCAUGACCAGUCAGUGAAACCUGGGUUCCCACAUGUCUGUUUGCUGCCUUAAUUUGAGGAAAAAAGGUAAAUUCUAGUUGUUUUCAACAAUAAUUAUCAAUAUUUUUUUCUGAAAAAGGAACAAAACUAUACUUUCAGCACUUGAGACUAUGUGGUCGCCCCACCAAUUGUACACUGGACAUGCAAAGAUAAGACUCGAUAAGGAUUUAUCGAACAAGUUUGUUGAAAUUGUGUUGGGUUUAAUACAUUGGAUGCCAUGAAAUACUGCUUCACAGGGACACCUCAACUGAAGGCAAGUGCUACAGCUAGAAGGCCUUCAUGUUUACUGCUUGGAGAAGAAGUCUCUGCUCUUCACAACAUUGGGGAUGAUGGUGUCGCUCUCAGGUUUCCAGCCAGCGGCACUUCUUCAUAUUUGUCACUGUACUGGAUUGCCUGAUCCCCAGUAUGUUCCAGGUUGCAUUUGCACUACAACCACCUGGAGUAGAAGCAGUAUUUCAGCUAACUAGUUGCACCACUUGGUGUUAAGGUGCACCGUCUGACUCAAGUUGGUGUCUCCUCUGUUGUCGGCCUAUCAUAGCUGGAACAUUAGUGUUUAGUGUUAGAAUAAAUUUACUUAAUAUCACACCUAUUUGUGACCAUAUUAUAGUGUUGAUUUUCCUCCUAAACACAAAUGUUGGGAAUCACCAAUCUACAUCAAUGAGAAGGUGUGCACAAGUUAAUUUAAAGCUGUCGAAUGUGUCUUACCAAAAACAUGAGAUUCAACCCUACCAAUGUCUUUAUAAUAAAACCACAAAUUAUAAUAGUA